CAACACCACCCACGACCACCAUCAAAGGCACAUGCCUCCCCGACGCUCUGCUCGCACCCGGGCGUCCGUAGAGUCUGUUGUCAAGACCGAACCGGCACCAUUGAAGCGCAAAAGGCCCACCGAAGUUGUCCGUGUAGACGGCGAGGAGAAGGAGAAUCAAUCAUCCAGAUCUCGUAGGAGCACAUCUGCGCGCCCAUCCACCAAGUUUCGUUCUUCCAUUCAUGCUAGAAGCUCUCUUCAAGACGUUCCAGAAGCAGAGGAUGAAAUGAAUGAUUCCGAUCCGCCACCAAUAAAGAAAUCCCGGCCAUCACUGGAGCAUUCAUCGGGAGAGGAGACUGAAGAGGAGCAGCCGAAACGUAGAGCCAGGGCUGGGGUUGGUUUGGCGAAGAAAAGUGAAAGUGCGAAGAUGGUGGUUGAUCAGCCGGCUCGCAGGACAACUCGAGGCUCCCGUGUCAAGCCACCGUCUCGCGCGCCUACGAGGGUUUCGCGCUCCCGAGCAUCUGAGUCGGUUGCUGCCGACAGCGAAGAAGAAGAUGUGAAGCCUGUGGUCAAAUCAUCCACGAAAUCCACUAAGCCAGCGUCGCGUCAAUCUCGUCGUGCCUCCCACGCUGAGGAAGACCGCGAUGAUGGGUAUGCAAUGGACUCGCCCGCAGCUGAGGAUCACAGUCAGAAGUCCAGAGGUAAUCGAUUGUCCUCUCGACGUUCUUCAAAGCCGACUGUCGAAGACAUAGCCGAGGAAGAGGAUGAGGAGGAAGAGGAUGAUGAGGAGGAGGAUGAUGAUGAUGAUGUGAAGCCUGCGCGAGUCAGCUCCCCUAACCCAUCUCAGCGGCCCGAAGUUGAAGAAAACACAACCGAGAAGCCAUUAUCGUCUCGUGAAGUUCCUAGCGUGCUUGCGGGAGCGAGGUCUACUGAGGCAGAAGGAUCUCUCUUGGACCAGAUCUCCAGAGUCCCUCCGGCAUCUCGGGCUCCAGCAACACAGCUAGAGGAGCCCGAGGGUCCACAGAAACGUCUUGUCAUUCACAAAUUGGCCUUGGUAAAUUUCAAGAGUUACGCUGGCCGGCAGGAAAUUGGACCCUUUCACAAGUCUUUCUCUUCGAUUGUGGGCCCUAAUGGUUCUGGAAAAUCCAACACUAUCGAUGCCCUUCUUUUCGUCUUUGGAUAUCGCGCAACGAAAAUGAGGCAAGGGAAGCUCUCGGAGCUUAUUCAUAACUCGGAUCGGUACCCAGAUUUAGAUGAAUGCAGCGUUGAAGUUCAUUUCCGCGAUAUUAUAGAUUUGCCCGGCCCUGACAACUAUGAAGUUGUGCCUCAUACCGACCUUGUUGUUAGUCGUCAAGCAUUCAAGACGAACAACAGUGUCUACAGAAUUAAUGGACGGGCCAGUAACUUCAAAGAGGUUAGGUCUUUACUCCAAGGCCGGGGCAUCGACCUGGACCAUAAUCGAUUCCUGAUUCUUCAGGGUGAGGUCGAGUCGAUUGCUCAGAUGAAGCCCAAAGGCACAGAGCACGAAGAGGGACUUCUCGAAUAUCUUGAGGAUAUCAUAGGUACUUCUAAAUAUAAGGAGAACAUCGACGAGGCUCUUCAAAAGGUGGAUGAACUGCAAGAGAAGCGGUCAGACAAGAUGAAUCGCCUCCGGAUUGUUGAGAAAGAAAAGAAUUCCUUGGAUGAGAAGCGGAAGGAUGCAAUAGCUUGGAAGAAACUCAUGAACGAGCAUAUCCGGGCUCAAUCGAGGUUGUGGCAAUGGUAUCUGGCCCAGGCAUUCGGCAAAGAAGGGGCUUUACGCGCCGAAAUGGACAAAUGCGACGCGGCAGUACUCGUUGAAACUGAACGCAAUGCCAACGACCGUAAACAUAUGGAACAACUUCAGACACACUACAAGGAACGUGAGGAGGCAUAUGCGGAAGUCCAAAAAGCGGCUGCCGCUGCAAACCAGGAUCUACAGGACCAAGAAAAACGCGAGAUCGGUCUUAAGGAGCGGAGGAAGCAUGCAAAUACCAAAUUAAAGAAGUUGACGAAGACUAUCACAGAGGAAACUACUGCAAAGACCAGCGCAAGUCGUGCUAUUGAGGACAGUACCCAGAAGAUGAAGAGGGAGAAGAGCAACGUGGAGAAGUAUGAGGCGUCUUUGCUCGAGGAGGAAAAAGUUCUUGAAAACAUUACCGAAGGCCUCAAAGACAAGACCCAGGUUUUCCACGAUCAGAUUGAGGCCAAGCAGAAGGAACUCCAACCUUGGACGACCAAACUCAAUGCUAAACAAGCCGAAAUUGACGUUGCAACGAGCGAGCGGGAUGCCCUUGUACAGAAGGCAGAACGUAUCAAGGGCCUAAGGGAGGAUGCAGAAAACGCUUUGGCGGAAUUGCACACGGAUCAAACUGCGAAGGUUCAAGAACAAGGACAGUUGCGUCAACGUAAGGCUCAGGCACAGGAUGAGCUUCGAGCUGGGGAAAAACGUCAUCAGGAUGCCCAAGCUAAUAUCCAGUCCUGCCGAACCAAGGCAACGUCUACCCGUCAAAAAGUUGACGAAGCUAAAUCAUCUCAAGCCGAAAGUCGGACGCAAAAUCGAGUACUCGAAUGUCUCACCCGAUUUUCGGAGCAAGGACGCGUUCAGGGAUUCCAUGGCCGACUAGGAAACCUGGGCAAGAUCGCGGACGACAAGUAUGACGUUGCUGUCACCACAGCCUGCGGUAAUUUGAACUACAUGGUCGUCGACAAAGUCGAGCAAGGCCAAGCUUGUAUCGAGCAUCUGCGGUCGCAAAAUGCGGGUCGUACUUCAAUCUUGGUUCUGGAGAAACUUGGCAAGCCUGACAUGAGCAAAAAGCCGACACCUGAGAAUGUGCCGAGGCUAUUCGACCUCAUUACUCCCAAGGACCCGAAAUUCGCCGUAGCGUUUUACAAGGGCGUGGGUGAGACACUUGUAGCCAAGGAUAUGGAACAGGCCAACCGCAUAGCCUUUGGUAACAGGCGAUACCGCGUGGUUACUCUGGCUGGUCAGCUCAUUGAUAUGAGUGGUACUAUGGGAGGAGGAGGCCAGCCAGCCCGAGGCGGCAUGAGCUCGAAGUUUGCUGCCGACGCAGUCCGUCCGGAGGUUCUCAAAAACUACGAACGUGAAAGCGAAGAAGCGAGGAAACAACUGGAGCUCGCCACCCAAGAAAGCCGUGAAGCAGAGGCUGAACGUGAUCGGCUGCUUAAGGUUGGACCAGAGAUUGAUUUGUCGUUCGAGAAGUUGGGUAUGGAUAUCGAGAAUGGGAAGAAGCGUAUAGCUGAUGCUGAGAAACGUGUGCGAGAGCUGAAGACUCAGAGUAAACCUGAUGCUGGCGAUGUGACUCGCAUCGCUAAGCUUGAACAAGACAUCGCUACCUACACUGCGGAUCUCAAAAAGUUGCAAGAGCGGUCAAGCACGAUCGAAACUGCUAUCAAAGAUCUCGAAAAGCAAAUUCUUGAGAUAGGAGGAGCGAAACUUCUCGCUCAGCGCUCCAAGGUUGACGGCAUUAAGCUUCAUCUCGGUCUUGCAAACGAUGAGAUUACCAAAGCGGAGGUUGCCAAGAAGAAAGCGCAGAACGACGUUGCUAAGCUGACGGCAUCCCUCGAUUCCAACCUUGUUUCGCAGAAAGAAGCCGAGGAGGAGCUGGAGAAAUUGGACUCAGAGCUCCAAGAAGUGAGAGCGUAUGUGACUGACCUGAGUGCCAAGGUCGCAAAAGCCAAAGAUGCUGAAGAGACUAUGGCGGAGGACCUUCAGAAACUUAAAGGGGAGCUAGAUGAGACGCUUGAAUUGGUCCAGAGCUUUAUUCAACGAGAGGCCGAACUGAAACACAAGGCUCAAGCUGCAAAAGAGGCCUUCCAGGAGAAUGAAAAGUUGAUCAUUCAUUGGCAGGAGAAGCAUGACGAACUUCAGUUGGAAGAAAUCGAUGAUUAUGACGAUGACGACGAGGAGGAUGACGAAAGCCAGGAAGGCGACAGCAAAGCCGAUGAAAGUCGCGAAGGGUCCCGUCAGCCAACCUCAAGCCGCCAGAGCCGUGGUCACAGUGUUAAAUCUGAUCCCGAAGGUGGCGACGAUGGUGAAGAAGAUCCCAGGACCCAGCUUCACAUCUACAGCAACGAGGAGUUAUGCCAAUUCCGGAAGCGGGAUAUGGUUGCUGAUAUCCAGUUGCUUGAGGAGAAACUCUCGAAACCCCAGCCCAAUCUAGGUGUUCUAGAUGAUUAUAAAGCGAAGGAGGAGGAGUUCUUCACUCGUGCCAGCGACGUCGAAAUGGUUACCCAUGAACGUGAUAAGCAGAAGGCUGAGUAUGAUCGUCUACGGAAGCAGCGGCUCGACGAGUUUAUGGCGGGGUUCAAUAUGAUAUCUUUAAAGUUGAAAGAGAUGUACCAGAUGAUCACUCUUGGAGGCAACGCCGAGCUAGAGCUGGUGGAUAGCAUGGAUCCUUUCUCCGAGGGCAUCAUUUUCAGCGUCAUGCCUCCGAAGAAGAGCUGGAAGAACAUAUCCAACUUGUCUGGCGGCGAGAAGACGCUGAGUUCGCUUGCCUUGGUGUUCGCUCUUCACGUAUUCAAGCCUACGCCUCUGUAUUUCAUGGACGAAAUUGAUGCCGCCCUUGACUUCCGUAAUGUGUCUAUCGUGGCUAAUUAUAUCAAAGACCGGACGAAGAAUGCGCAGUUCAUCAUUAUCUCUCUUCGGAAUGAUAUGUUCGAGCUCAGUCAACGUCUCAUUGGGAUUUACAAGACGAACAAUGCUACGCAAAGUAUAUCCAUCGAUAACAAGACCCUUGAGCACCAGUCGACGGUGCAAUAGAUAACGAUCUGUUUUACGAUAUCUUCAUGUGAUUAUUGGCAAUCUAUUUAAGUUACAAUACCGUAUGCGUCUGACGUUUGUCGCAAAUC